AUGCCCUCGACCGCUCCCCCCCGCGACGCCGAUCGCGUCAUCGUCCGCGUUUCCGCCGUCGACGACGCGAACGGCGGUCGCGGCGGCGGCGUCGCGCGAGACGCCGGCGGUAACCCCGCGCGAACUACCAACCCGUGGGCGAACGAGGACGCGGUCGUGAACGUCUCGCUCGAGACGCCGCGCCGCGAGGACGGCCUCGGCAACGCCGCGUCCGCGUCCGCGUCUGCUGGCGGGACGAGGAGGAAGACGUCGAUAUCGUCGAGCGACGACCCGACCCCGGAGUGGCUGAAGGCGUUGGCGAGGGAGGACCGACCGGACGCGCGCUUCAAAGUUCCCGCGCGCUGGGUGACGCCCUUCCGCGGGUCCAUGAUCUGGUGGCUCGCGCCCGCGUUUCGCUUCGUGCAGAUCGUCUUCGCCGCGCUCGCGAUCGCGGUCGUCGCGUCGAUGAACAGCGACGCGUCGGUCGCGUUCCCCGAGGCGCGUCCCCGUUCGCGCGGCGUUCCUUCGUUCGCGACUUCUCCCGCGCGUUUCCUCGGUUUCGCUUCCGACGCGCCUGCGCGACGCCUUUCGACUCCACUUCUGACGCCUUUCGACUCCACCCAAACGUCGCGUCGAUUCGCGUGGUGGAACGACGACCCGAAGCGUCACUACCAAGACUUCACGUCGCUCGAGUGCCUCGUCGUCGUCUGCGCCGCGUCGUUGGCGUGGGGCGUCCUCUUCGUCUUCGUAGGCGCGUUCUAUACACUGGUCCCCAUACGACCGCGUCGGCGUGGUGAACGCCGUUCCUUAAGGACUUUUCCCGGCGUCUCUCUCCGCCCACCCCUCGCUCGGUUUCAAUCCCCGCCCGCGAUGCCUUUCAACGCCAACUGA